AUGCAGCCGUUUCGGGCGCCACAGGGAGCGCCGGCGGGGAUGCGCGGCAUGCGCGAUGCAGGUGACGGGCGUACGACGUCGUCCAACAUGGGGCGGCGUAUUGUAUCUAAAGGUCUUGCGCGCACGCAGCAGCGCGCUGCGGAGCUUGGCACGAUGCCGGCGCUCGAAGUCGACACCACGAGCUUUGAAGAGUGGAUGAAGAUGGCGACAGACAAUAAAAUCAAUGCUGCGAAUACGUGGUCUUUUGCGCUGAUCGACUACUUCCACGACAUGUCGCUGCUGCGCAACGACUCUGGCGACGGCUCGAUUAAUUUUCAAAAAGCUUCUUGCACUCUAGACGGGUGUGUCAAGGUCUGGACAAGCCGUGUGGAUAGUGUUAUGGCGGAGACGGGGCGCCUGUUGAGUGGGCUACAGGACGAAGAAGAAGGCGCACAAGACAGAGCUGACGAGGAGCAAGCCGCAGACGACGGCGACGAGAGCGAUGCGGCGGUAGGCCGCACGAGCAAGCGGCGCCGCGCAAAAGAGACCACGCUUGCAAGCAGCUUUGCGCAGCUCCAGGCAAAACGCUUUGACCUCGAGUUUUCCGUGGAUCCUCUGUUUAAAAAGACGAGCGCCGAUUUUGACGAAGGCGGUGCGGGCGGCCUUUUGAUGAAUCACUUGCACGUUGACGACGGCAUGAAGGUCGUGUUUGACGCAUCCGACGUCGCUGCUGUUGUAGAGGACAGCGCUGCGGAAAGCGAGGUGGCUGAGGAAGCGUGCGACGCCACUGCCGAACAAGCCGUGGACAUCGACGCACUGCGCAACAUACUCUUGCUUGCCGCCGCACACACUGAUCCAGCGCAAGCGAACCAAACGCUUGAAGCAAUCCUCCAGUCGCGCAUACUGUGCCCGUCGAUAUCCACGUUCCGCUUUUCGGACGACAACGAUGCACAGCUGCCGAGCAUGCCGACCGACGAGCAUGCAGAGAUGGCUAGUUUUGAGCUGGAUAUGGACGACGGGAUGCCACUCCACGAGGAAGAGGAAGACUUUUUCGACGGACACGCCGCCAUCGACGACGCGCCCGAGUUUGACGUGGCCUUCAUGCACAAUACGGACCUCGCGCAUGACGAUCCGCCGAGCACGGCGCCGCAGGGGCACGAUAUGCUGUUUGACUACUUUGACAACCGCAUGAAGAAGAAUUGGGCGGGCCCCGAGCACUGGAAGAUGGCGCGGAUCAACUUUGCCGCGCUGCAAAAAGAGCGUGGCCCUGCAGCGUCGGUGCCCACGGAAGAAAAGCCCAAGGCUCGGCGCAAGGAAGCGCUCGUGAUCGACUUUUUUUCCAACGAUGCGGCGCAAUCGGCAAACGCGCUUUUCGCGGCGAGUGCGACGCCUGCGAGCAUCAAAAUGCCCAAGGCCGCACAGAACAACACCGCGACGCACCUCUUGCCCGAUGACCAACACUACAACUCGAAGCGCCUCUUGCGCCUCUUUUUGAAACCCAAAGCAGCCAUUCUUCUGCAGAACAGGCACGUCUUGCGCGAACCGAGCGCGUUUGGCGACGAGUGGGCCGAUGCCUGCGACGACGCCGCAUUCCAAACGGAUCUUUUCCAAGAAAACGAUCCGUACGACGACGUGCUUGCUCCGCCGCCAUUUGCACAGGACGAGUAUGAUUUGGAAGACGGCAUUGAUCCUCUGCGCAAAGUGCGUCCAGAAUAUGUCGAGUAUGCGAAACGUGCAAAGCAGUUGGAUGUGAAGCGCCUCAAAGACAAUAUUUGGCGGCAGCUCCAGCCCGAGGAUACGCCGCCGCAGGAUGUACCGUUUGGAGCGGUGUUGAACGGACUUGGGCAGCUGUAUCCCAAGCCGCGGUUGGAAGAGAUCAGCACCUCGUUUUGUUUCAUAUGUCUUUUGCAUCUCGCCAACGAGGAAGGGCUCGCGAUUGAUGUCCAUGCAGCGCAGGAUGCGUCGCUGCAAGAGGCCGUAGCACUUGAUGACGACGAGAGCGACGAGGCCAAGGUUGGCCGUAUAGACCAGCUGUAUGUAAGCCACGACGCGUCACUGUAA